GGUUUCUUACCGUUUUAAUGCCGAAGUAUACCUCAAGCUAGAAUUCCAUCUUCGCAGUGCCUCUCUAGAAAAUUCGCAGCGCCUUCUGAAAAAAUACGAUAGGCACCUCUCUGUGAUAUUCUUGUAAAGAAACUAUCAUAACUCACGAGGAAGAAGGUUUAAUGGUGAAUUUACAAACACUGACGCAUUAUAGUUCCUUGGCGCUCUAAAUCUGUUCGAGUACCAGGUGUUCCGCGGUCGUUUUCCCUUGGCACUGGAUCAAGUGAUCAAGAGAUCCAGAUGUUCUGCUCUUCUGGAGUGUGGAUUUGGUAGAUUAAGAUUCAUUCCAUAUCGCCGCCUUGGAGAGUUUGCUUUCAUAGCCUCGCCUUAGAAAUCUGUCUGCUUGUAAGGCAAUGUUUUGAAAGACUUGAAAGACAUUGCGGUGGGAUUUUAAUGGUUUCGGAUUAAUACUAGUAGAUGAAUGCAAAGGGAAUCUUGUCAAGAUGGCGGCUCUAUCGUGGGAUAUAGACGAUAUAUUUGACGAUUUCUUUGAAGACUUUUUUGAUGACUUUACAAUCACUUCAAAGAAGAAGAAGUCACACAGGGUACGCAGCACAGACGACAUUAACAGUACCGUGCGGAUUAAUCAUAUACCGAUAAAAGCCGAAGAGAAAGAAGAAAAACCGAAGGCAGCGAGAUCUCGCAAACGCGGGACUAUCGCCGAGAUCACGCCCCACCUUUAUCUUUCCGGAGUACACGAAAUGGAACACGAUGUUCUCAAGGAGUUAGGCGUCACAAGUAUAAUUAAUUGCACAGCAGAUUAUCCCAAUCAAAAGUUUCCUUUUGUGGAAAACUACGUUCAGAUUCACGUAGACGACGUACCAGGAACGGACCUCAAGAGUUGCUUUGAUAUGUGCGCAGACGAGAUCAAGAAAGAACGAAUGAAAGGUGGCGCCACGUUAGUUCACUGUGAGCGCGGGAUCAGUCGCUCUUCAACCCUAUGUAUUGCCUACUUAAUGAAGUGUCUCCACAUGUCUUUAUUCGACGCGCAUCAGCACGUGAAGAGCAGACGACCGUGCACGAACCCAAACAUGGGUUUCUUCCGACAGCUUAUGCAGUUUGAGAAAUCUCUGUUUGGCACUAACUCUGUGAAAAUAGAGCCUCUCAAAUGAUCAAUGGAAAUAUGUUGAACAAAAAACAACCACAAUGACCUUUUCACAAAAAGAUGAAUAUCUGAGUCACGUCAGUGAUGUACACUGUAGACAUUAUUGAAUAAUUUUAUCUUAUUGACUUUGUUGAACACAUAUUUGCUGUGAUUCUCUUGUAAUGUGUAUCAGACUUGUUUAUCUCUAGACGUGAACUACAUGUAGUAGAAGUAGUACUUGCAAGCUGUUCAUUACAAAUGUGUCCAUGCAUGUUGUCUCGAGUUUUUAUUUAUUUGUUUAUUUAUUUAUUCGUUCAUUUACUUAAUGGAUCUUCAGAUACAUGAUCUAGUGUAACUAAUGUCAAGACAAACGUGUUAAUAUUUCUGGAUUUUGUUUUUAUUAUUAUUAACCUAAUGGUGAUUGAAAUACAGUCUUGGUGGGAUUAAAAACUGUAUUACAUGUAAAACACCGACCAAAAAAGCAUCACAAUGUCUUUCCCAUACUGUAUACCUAUUAAGACAGCAUCGUAUAAUUAUAAAUUACCUCGCUGAAUUAUCUCCCAUAAUUAAAUGUCCUUAUAGUUUUCACUUUUGUAACACGCAUAGUCAACUUUAUUUGUAGUAAAGAUCAAAUGAUUUUCCUUUAUUCUAAUCCAGCAGCACUUAAUCAAGGGAAGUAGUACGCACUGUCAUAUUCUUUCUAUGUGCUGGGUAAUAUCGGUGUGCCAAUUUUUAUUUUAAAAUAUUAUAUUAAAAUGUUCAUGCCAUGAUAA